AUGUCGCGCAGUGGUCAUUUGAUAACGGAUGACGACCCAGUUAGAUGCGCUUUGACGGGCCUUGUCCGAACCACAGAUAAGCUCGGCCUUUUGCUGCAUGAGCGAGUCGUCUAUCGCAGAGACUGGAAUGCAGAGGAGGGGAAGGUUGCUAUUGUUUCUGGUGGAGGAUCGGGACAUGAGCCCUUUGCUGCUGGUCUUGUCGGUCAAGGUGGUUUGACCGCAGCUGUAGCCGGUUCUGUUUUCGCCUCGCCUCCCGCAGGAGCUGUUCUCGCUGCUUUGCGCAAAGUAGCCGGUCCUGGAGGUGUCAUGCUCGUAGUAUUCAACUACACUGGGGACAGAAUUAACUUUGGCCUCGCUGCGGAACGAGCAAGAGCCGAGGGUAUUCGAGUUUCUAUUCACUUCGUCGCUGACGAUUGCGCGCUCGAGUCAGAAGACAAGGCUGUGGGAAGAAGAGGACUGCUCGGCGGUAUCGCCGCGAUAAAAACUCUCGGUGCUGCAGCUGAGGCAGGCAAAGAUCUCGAAUACAUGGGCAAGCUUUUCGAGGAAGUGACUGAAGAGAGCAGGCUGGGAACGAUUGGCUUUGCUGCCACGGGAUGUUCGCUUCCUAGUGGCGAGUCGGGGAUUAAUUUGAAUCCGGGAGAGGUAGAACUCGGGCUUGGCGUCCAUGGCGAGCCGGGAAUCAGGAAAUACAAAAUCACUUCUACGCGUGCUCUCGUCCAAGAACUUUUGAAGCCUGUUCAACGGAGAAUCAAGCUUUCGCCCAGCGACGAUUUGCUUCUUUUGAUCAACAAUCUCGGCGGACUUACAGAGAUCGAGCAGCUGAAUUUGAUCACGGCUAUUGUCGAAGAAAUUGAAGCGCAGAACGCAAAAGUUUCCCUUGUGGGCUCUGGUCACAUAAUGACAUCGUUGGACAUGGCGGGCGCUAAUUUCAGUCUCUUAAAAAUGAACACCGAGAUCCGUGAAUUUAUCACCGCCCCUUGUUCCUUCCCAGCUUGGCCAGCCCUGACAACUCCUGGUGGAGAGAUAGACACUCAAGAAACAAAAGAAACUUUUGACUGCCCAAAGACUGUCAACUGGGGUGUUUCUGGAGUUCGCGCGAUUGUCCAGAAAGUUUGUGCCUCGUUGAUUGCUUCCAAAGACCUUCUGAACGAGUUGGACGCUGCUGCGGGCGAUGGCGAUUGUGGAUCGACCGUUGCUCUUGGUGCCGAAGCUGUAUUAAAAGCAAUUGAUGGGCUUGAUUGUGAUCCUUCCGCGUUUUUCUACAGAAUCGCCUCUGCGCUUGAAAACGAUAUGGGCGGUUCGUCCGGAAGCCUUCUCAGUUUGCUGUUCACCGCGUUCGCUACUACGAUAAAGAUUUCGGAAGAGCAAUUUACGGCGCCAGUUGUAAUCGCUGCCCUUUCGUCCGGAUGUACACAAAUAAUGCAAAUCGGUCGAGCGGCUGAACAGGACCGAACCAUGCUCGAUGCUCUUUGUCCUGCUCUUCGAGAGCUGCAGUCUUCUGCCGAUCUGAAUAAAGCGGCAAAAGCAGCGAGGGCAGGAGCAGAGGCGACAAAGGAUAUGGUAGCUAGGGCCGGAAGAGCCUCCUAUUGCAAAGAAAGAGACUCUGCAAAAGUACCCGAUGCGGGUAGCGUCAUGAUUGCUAUUGCAUUCGAAGCAUUAGCUUAA